AUGGUAGGCUUGACUACCGAUGGCGCUCCAGCUAUGGUGGGUCGUGAUGAGGGUCUCGUGGGGUUAUGUCGUGAAGAUAAAAGUUUUCCGCAAUUUCUCUGUUACUACUGCAUUAUCCAUCAGCAAGCAUUAUGUGGACAUUUUCUAAAACUAAAGAACGUUAUGAAAUUGGUAGUAAAAAUUGUGAACAAGAUUAUAGCUCAAGCGUUACAAAGAUUAUUCGAAACCUUGAAUGAUGAAAUUGACUGUCAAUACGGGGAACUACUUCUUCACUUUGAAGUCCGAUGGCUAAGUAGGGGACGAGUGCUGAAACGUUUUAAUGAUAUCAUAUCUGCCAUAGUUCAAUUUUUCAAACAACGUGAUGAACCGAUUCCGGAACUGGAAAAUUCAAUCUGGCUUAGGGAUUUCGGGUUUCUUGUGGAUAUUACAGAAAAAUUAAAUGAACUUAAUUUGCAGCUUCAGGGGACAGACAAAGAACUAGCAGAAAUUAUUUCUGAUAUAAAAGCGCUUAGCAAAAAGCUUGGGAACAAAAAUUAA